GCGCAUUUCCGGCUAAGAUGGCGGCGCCCAGCCGUGGCAGGUGCGGGCUACUCUCUUUUUAGUAUCGGCGGCGGCGGCAGUGACUAGAGGCCCAGGGAGGUGAGCUCCGACCCGCUCCGGCCCCCCUCUACGGAGACGGGACUCCCAGGAGUCGACUCGUCAAGGCGCCAGAGGUGUCUCGGCCGUGACCUUCCCAACACUUUUUUCCCUUCCUUUUCACAAACGACCCAUGGCGGACCGAGGCUCGGGGGGCGGUCGCCUUCCCCUGGCACUGCCCUCGGCCUCCCAGAGUUGUUCCUCUGGGGGCGGCGGCUCUUCACCGGAGGACUCGGGCAAUCCGCCGCCGCCGCGCAACCUCCAAGGCUUGCUGCAGAUGGCCAUCACCGCGGGCCCUCAGGAGCCGGAUCCCCCUCCAGAACCUAUGAGUGAGGAGAGGCGUCAGUGGCUGCAGGAGGCCAUGUCGGCCGCCUUCCGGGGCCAGCGGGAGGAGGUGGAACAGAUGAAGAACUGCCUCCGGGUCCUGUCCCAGCCCACACCCCCGGCGGCUGGAGAGGCCGAACUGGUCGCCGACCAGCAGGAGCGAGAGGGUGCCUUGGAGCUGCUGGCGGACCUGUGUGAAAACAUGGACAAUGCCGCAGACUUCUGCCAGCUGUCGGGCAUGCAUCUGCUGGUGGGCCGCUACCUGGAGGCAGGUGCCUCGGGGCUGCGGUGGCGGGCGGCGCAACUCAUCGGCACGUGCAGUCAGAACGUGGCGGCCAUCCAGGAACAGGUGUUGGGUCUCGGGGCCCUGCGCAAGCUGCUGCGGCUGCUCGACCGGGACGCCUGUGACACGGUGCGCGUCAAGGCCCUCUUCGCCAUCUCCUGCCUGGUCCGGGAGCAGGAGGCCGGGCUGCUGCAGUUCCUCCGCCUGGACGGCUUCUCGGUGCUGAUGCGUGCCAUGCAGCAGCAGGUGCAAAAGCUCAAGGUCAAGUCGGCGUUCCUGCUGCAGAACCUGCUGGUGGGCCACCCCGAACACAAAGGGACGCUGUGCUCCAUGGGGAUGGUGCAGCAGCUGGUGGCCCUCAUCCGGACAGAGCACAGCCCCUUCCACGAGCAUGUGCUUGGAGCCCUGUGCAGCCUGGUGACAGACUUCCCCCAGGGCAUGCGGGAGUGCCGGGAGCCGCAGCUGGGCCUGGAGGAGCUUCUGCGCCACCGCUGCCAGCUCCUGCAGAAGCAUGAGGAGUACCAGGAGGAGCUGGAGUUCUGCGAGAAGCUGCUGCAAGUUUGCUUCUCCACCCCAACGGAUGACAGCAUGGACCGGUGAGAGCACCGCUGCUCCUCGCCCCUCCACAGGGGAGGCCCAGGCCUCCGCUCCCUCCACAUCCUGAGGCCUCUCCCAAAGCAGAGGGGGCCCCUAUUGGGGCCUGGGCCCGGGGGCUGCCAGCGCAUCUGCUCAGCCCCUGGAAGGGUGCUGGGAGAGGGCAGGGCUCCGUGGCCAACUGCCACGCUCACUCUCAUUCGCCAUGUCUUGUCCACGCUGCUCUUCCACUGCCACCUUGUUGCCUCCUCUGGGGGUGCGUGGGAGUGGGGGAGUGCGGGCGGGACUGGGAGCCCUGGGGAGACUGGAGGAAGGCAGCCCGCGGAAAUGUGGGGUAAUAAA